AUGGCAAGACAGCCAAACCUCUUCGCAUUCCCCUCUGUGGAUGCGCUUGCCACCACCCUCAGAGCCUACAUCAUCAGCUGCCAAACAGCCGGCCUCCACCGUCAUGACUCCUUCAAGGUAGCAGUGUCCGGCGGCUCGCUGCCGAAGACGCUCGCGCACGCUCUCCUCGUGCCCCCUAGCUCCGCAGAAGACACCGUCAAGUUCGACAAGUGGGAGAUAUUCUUCGCCGACGAGCGAGCCGUGCCUCUCGACCACGAAGACUCGAAUUACGGCCUCCUCAAGACGGAGCUCUUGGACAAGAUCCCGGAGGAGAUGGGCAAGCCGCUCGUUCACCCUAUCGAUGUUGCACACUUGGAUGAUACUCAAGAGCUCGCGGAUCAAUAUGAGCAGCUUCUAGUUAAGAGCUUUGCGCAGAGGGACAGUGUCAAGCUGCCUAUCUUCGAUUUACUGCUCUUGGGAUGUGGACCUGAUGGACAUACCUGCAGUUUGUUCCCUGGACAUGAGCUGCUGAGAGAGACAGCUGCUUGGGUUGCGCCGAUUGAGGACUCGCCGAAGCCGCCCCCAAAGAGAAUUACGCUCACGCUCCCGGUUGUUACACACGGAGUCAAGAUCGCAUUUGUAGCUACAGGCAGUGGAAAGAAGGAGAUUUUGAAGAAGAUCUUUGAGGAAGGCGCUGGUUUACCCUGUGCUUUGGUCAAUGAGGGUGCUGGCGAGAGAUGCAGCUGGUUCACUGAUACCGCUGCUGUGGAAGAAGUGAGCUUUCCUCGGAGAGGCAGCCUUUGA